CUCUCUCCCAGCCCCUCGGCCUCGAACCUGCACCCAUCCGACCGACAAGCUCAGUGUGUGCCAGUCAUUCAAACGGUUUCUGAAUACCUGUGGUAUGUCAUGUUUUUUGCUUAGUUGUUAUCGCUUUCUUCCAAGAUCCGCACACAUUCACCAAAGAUCCCUUUACCCCUUGUCCCUUCGUGAUCCUACAGAAAUGGCCCCUCCUACGACCUGGAUUACCUGGACCUUGGUCUAAAUGCGGGCCACAUCCGUCUUGAGCCUUGACUUCCAACUCGUCCGACCCAUGUCGGGUGAGACGAAAGCGAAUUCAACAACAUGGGUGUGUUUGGGUGGGUGGUGAACACUGCCCACACACAUGGUUCCGAAAUCUGGAUGUUAAGGGACGAAGAGACAUGCACAGAGAUGAUGUGUGUGCUGCGACGCGAAUUUGUCCAGGGCGGCAGAAUGCCGAGCGAGGCAUCGGAUUGCAGACUUAUCUCAUUGAGACGUGUCUCGCCAAUUCCACACCGACUACUCGAUUGAAUGACGGCCCUUCACCUGCACCACAAAGCUACACCACCGAGCGACACCAGCUGUUUGCCCGAAUCAGCAGUCCACCUAUCACGCCUAUUACUGUCUCUAUCUAUUCAAGAGCAAUUGUUCUCAGCUUCACUGGUUCGAUUCAUAUUCUCACCUCUGCACACCGUCUCUGCUUCCGCUCUAUACCACAGCAUCCCCUGGAAGGCAUACCUCUGUACCUGGACUCGGCGUCUAUCGCGGCAGCUUCCUUCAGAAGGACCUCUUCUUCUGGUCUACCUGUCUCGGUGCCCUACUUGCCCUCCACAUUUCUUGCAUCAAAAACCAAUUUCCGAGGCGAUCAGACGACGCAACCCAUUCCAACACCAGGCGUGCUCAACCACGCUACCACAUUCCCAUCUAGACCCUCGUUCUCCAUGGUCUCCCAAAAUCUACAUUCUCGCCUUUCACCCGCUUAUUGCCAUUCUUGCUGGCGAAGUUUCGCUAAUCUUACGUUGCCACACAGUCAACAGUCGCUACACCAAUAGCACGACCGUCAUACCCCUGCCGUGUCUAUUUCACCUUCACAACCCCGCAGGACCUCCGCAAGGUACAUCGAUCCAGC